AUGGCUGGCAUUUUAUCCUUAAAAGAAUCGGUUCUGAUUUAUUUGGACCGAAGUGGAGGCCUUCAGAAACUAGCAGAUGACUGCAAACCUCUAAACGACCCCCAGCAGACAGAGGCUGUCUACAGGUUCAGGGUUGUGGUGAAUCCUUCAGACCUGAUAGAGGUAGAUCCUGAGCUGGGGGAUUAUAUUCUGCAUGACCCUCUCAGAGCAGCUGCUCUGUUUCAAUCAGUGUGUUUCUUGGCUAUAAAGACACUUUCGCUUACUGACAAAAUACACACAGCGAGUCAGGUGAAUAUUUCCCUGAAUUUUACUCAUCUCCCUCCAUUCCCCGAGUACACUUUGGACCUCAGCAGUUUUCACCAAGUGUAUGGUCCUCUGAGGCCGGUCUCCAUGGAGGGGGCAGUCAUUGCCUUAACAAGGGUCACAAAAUACACCCAGGGGGCGAGGUUCCUCUGCACUGAUGAUGAUUGCCCUGGCUCUACAGGCUUCCACCACAUCCGAGUUCAUGCACCUGGAGCCACUGAAUCCGCCACUGUGAGAAACGACUUCAGCUGCAGGAUCUGCCACUCACAGCUGAAGGAGGACGUCAAGUUCAGAGUUUUAGGAGAUAAACAGCUGGUGGAGCUGAUCCACGUUGAAGCACUGAAUGCCCUAAGAGGCCAUCAGCAGAGUUCAUCCAGAUAUCAAUCUGUCACUCUGUUUCUGAGAGAUGAGCUGUGCCACUCCAUGACUAUCGGUCGACUCUACAGGGUGGUUGGCAUUCCUGCCCUUGUGCAUCAGUGGCCAAGCAUCACCUGGAGUGUAGAGGCGAAUAGCGUCCAACCGUGGGAGCUGCAUACUCUGCCCACAGGCUGCCCUAAAGCCUCCCCCAGAUUCCUGCUGCUGCCACAUUGCAUGACCUCUGCUCCCUGGAGGUUCCCUGCCAUCUUAGCUCACUGCUUUGGGUCAGACCUGACUCCUCCUGGCCUGCACAACACACUUAAACUGUGUCUGCUGCUGAGCUCGGUGCAGACUAGAAUGGAUGAAAAUGAUGCGUUUCACAAUUUGGAUCUCCUCGUGGUCACAGCUGAUACCCUCGUAUUAGACAGGCUAAUGACGUACAGUUUGAGUUUGGCAUGUCGCGGGGUCAGACACCAGCCCUCUGGGGAGAUGUUUUCCUGGCUGUCCAGAGAUGAACACGGAGCAGGCACCGCCAACAUCCAUGCAGGUUCUUCAUUACUCGCCUCGGGGGGCAUUUGCCUGCUGGGAGAUCUUGCCUGUUACAAGAAGGACAAACUGGACUGCUUACAGUGUGUUCUGGAGAGCCGAUCUGUGUCUGUGUUCAUCCCUGGAAAGAAGUACGGUGAGGAAGCUGACCAGCAGCUUUCAUUUCCGGUACAGUGCAGUUUCUGGGCCCUUGCAGACUCCUCUCAGAGGUCUGGGAGGACGGACUCAACUACACUGGGAGCUGCUGAAAUAGGUCCUGUGCAGGCGCAGCUGGCAGAAAGCUUUGGUUUAGUCAUUCAGUGCGGAGACAGGGUGGGAGAGGAGGGCGUACUGGCCCAGACUCUCCACACCCUCCAGCAAGCUGUACAACCUGGAAGACUCACCCAUCCAUCUUACUGGGACUUUUCUAAUGAAGAUUUCCAGGAGUUGGUGGCUCGUUCUCGGGGUUUAAAAGUGGAGCUCAGCCCUGAAGCGGUGAAAUUGAUCCAUGGUUACUACAUGGCCAGCCGUCGAGCUCGGACACAGAGUCAGGAGGUCAAGAUUUCUUUGGCCUCGAUCAAACUGCUGAUGUCAUUGGCUGAGGCCCACUGCAAGUUAUGCCUCAGGACUAAAGUACUGGAGGAGGAUGCAGUGAUUGCUGUGCUCCUGUGUGAAAACUCUGUCACUCUCAAGCAUGGCGGCUCUGCCCUCAUUAUUCCACCAGACGCAGUCUUUCCUUGCGACUUGGGGAAUGUGGAGGGUCUGCAAAGGAGGGACGCAGUCCUGGAUGAGCUCCACCAGGAUAUCCUACGCUUUGUCUACACAUUUGCACCAGGAGCUGAUGAGUACAUUACUGAGGAGUAACGCCUCUUAUUAUAAAUCCCAAGUGUUCGAGUCAAAUGGGCAAUAUAGGUGGUGGCUAGUAUCAACACGUCCAGUUUAGACAGCUUGGUAUCCGGCGGUACUGACGGUAAAGUCCUCUGGAGCUCCAAGAAGGCGUUCCUCAGGGUCUGCACCCGGCUGCGCUCCCGCGCUGCGUUAGCGGCCGCCGGCCGCCCUCUGCCGCCCAGUGCGCCGCUGCUUUGGAGCGCCCUGGCCCGGUGGAGCUCACCGCGACGACGGCCGUCAGGACUGGGACUGGAGCUGGGGCUGGAAACCGGGCUGUCAUCCACAUCCACCACCGAACUGGAGCAAUUACCACCGUCCAUUUGGAGCGCCUGACUCCCCACCAUGCGUUACUAAUCUGUAUAGUCAAAAAUCAGAUGUGUUUUUUUUUACUGACGCCAGCUUAUUGUAUUUAUUUAUUAAUAAAACUGUUAACUUUGUACUCUACAGUAAUUCCACUUUAAAUGUAUUUAACGUUGUUAAA